AUGUCGGCUUACUUUGAUGGUCUGCUGCGAAAUUUAGGGUCUAAAGAACAACAGAUUCUCAUGAACUUCAAAUCCCCGCGCUUGCCCACGCCCGAGGAAACUGCUGCCCGCGCCGCGAUGAGUCGCCUGCCCUGCCCUACGGGCUCGCUGUGCGCGCUGUUCGCGCUGCUGCUGCUGUUGCUGCUGGCGCCCUCCAGGUCCCUGGCCAACGCUGAACCCGUCGCGCCCGUGCUGCGAGAGCUGCGCUGCGUCUGUUUAACCACCACCCCGGGCAUUCACCCCAAGAUGAUCACUAAUCUGCAGGUGAUCGCCGCAGGCCCGCAGUGCCCCAGGGUGGAAAUCAUAGCCACCCUGAAAAACCGGAAGGAUGCGGUGUGUCUGGACCCACAAGCCCCUCUGAUCAAGAAGGUUGUCAAGAAAAUUUUGGACAGCAAUAGCAAGAAAAACAAGAGAAAGAAGGACCGGAUAUUGGGGAAAUUGCCUUCUGAACCUGUUUCUGUCAGAACCCCGUGA